CCCUGGACUGUGCUUGGCAAAGUUUCAGUCUCGCCUCCUAACUGCAUCUAGAUGGAUCUACACUACUGAACGGCGGACGGACAUUUUAAGACAGGAGAAAAAUCUUGAUCGUCAUUUUUUUUUCCUGAUUUAUUUUUUUACGUGAGCCAAAUUGCGCAGGGAGAAUGGAGCCGGCACCAAGCAGCACCACCACCCAACCACCCCAAACCCAGCACGAACCCAUUAGCUUUGGGAUUGAUCAGAUACUGAGUGGUUCUGACCCAGAGAACUCCACGCAACAGCCCAACACCAGGGAUUCGGAUACUAUUGCCAGCAGUUACCACCUGGGCAGCCCCGCAAGCACCACUACUGCCCCUUACUCCUUGCCUGGCCAGUUCCCUGGCAUCGGCUCGCCCUUCGAGGACUCUGGAUGCUACAGUGUGAAUCUGAGCCUGGCCCCGGCCGGCGUGAUUCGGGUGCCAGCUCACAGACCCAUACCCGGCGCAGUGCCACCCCCUAUCACGAGUGCCAUGCCAACCGUCCCGGGGUUCGGCAGCCUCAAUUUCCCUUGGAUGGAGAGCACACGGCGGUUCGCAAAGGACAGAUUCACUGCGGCUCUAACGCCCUUCACUGUGUCCCGGCGGAUCGGACAUCCCUAUCAGAACCGGACCCCACCCAAGAGAAAGAAACCGCGGACCUCGUUCUCCCGGGUGCAGAUCUGCGAGUUGGAAAAGCGCUUCCAUCGGCAGAAGUACCUGGCCUCGGCCGAGAGGGCGGCGCUUGCCAAGUCCCUCAAAAUGACCGACGCGCAGGUUAAAACAUGGUUUCAGAACAGAAGGACGAAAUGGAGGAGACAGACAGCGGAGGAGCGGGAGGCAGAGAGGCAGCAGGCAAACAGAUUGAUGAUCCAGCUGCAGCAUGAUGCCUUCCAGAAGUCCCUGAGUGACUCCAUCCAGCCAGACCCGCUGUGCAUCCACAACUCCUCGCUGUUCGCCCUGCAAAACCUGCAGCCCUGGGCAGACGAGAACGGCAAGCUGCAGCCCGUCACAUCACUGGUGUGAGAGACGCCCCUCUGCACAGACUCAGAAACAAAAACAAAAACUUAAAAAAAAUAGAAAAAAAAAUAUGUUGGUUUGUUUUUAUAAAUAAAACAAUUUAAAAAACUGCAUGAUUUCAAUGCAACCAAGACUUAUAAUCCAACCAAUGACAACCCCCUCCCUCCCACCUGUACCCAAAAUGGGCCUCCGUAGAUGGAUCCCCUGAACCCACACAUUCUCACUCCGAUUGCCAACACUGGAAGACUGCAACCCCAUUGAAAGCACCGUGACCUGCUCAUCACAUUUCCUCCACUCAUCUCAAUACAGGUUUUUAGAAGCACUGUUCAAACUAAACCUGGUUUUACUGCGGGCCCUCGCAAGCACUCCCUGUGCAGCAAAGGAGACAGCGUUGACCAGGGAGGAGAGGAGAGGGGAGGGGGGUGCAAAGAGAUGUACCUGGAUGGUUUCCUCCUUCUUUUCUCCUUAGGAAAGGAUUCCCCUGACGAGCACAACAGCCGAGCUGCAGCAUCUCGUUUAAAACCUGGGUGUGGAUUCUAACACUUUAACAGCCAAGAAGGACUGUCUGUAAAUUAAACAAAUAAAUCUGUGGUUUGACUGCAGGGAAAGUAUAUUGGUAGCUAGGACAAAUAACUGUGGCUAGGAUGGAUAGACUGUUCUUUGAAAGCAGGUUAGCUUCCCACGUCUGGAACUAGUUAAACAAGUCAACACUAUUUCUGGUAUGGUGCAGAAUUCAAGUCUUGAUCAAGUGUACUACAUUGUGUGCAUGUUGUUUAAGAUUAUUGUGACUACAUUGGAACCGCAGUUCAACAUCACUGAACUGCACUGGAAACCAUGUUGAGACCAAUGGCAAUAUUAUAGCAAUGUCACUGUGUGUGCAUUGUAACUACAAUUUUGACUCACUAGAAAUAUACAGAUAAUAGACAGCUAAAGUGCAGUCUAUCUACACUGCAGAUAUUUGUCCAGCCUCAGUUUAAAAAACUGUUUUUUUGUCCUUAUUAUUAUUAUUAUUAUUAUUAUUAUUAUUAUUAUUAUUAUUAUUAUUAUUAUUAUGUAUUUAUUGGAACUGAUAGGUGUUUAAGUUUCAGAUGACAUUUUUAUUUAACUUUUUUUUAUUAAAUUGUUACUAUUUGUAUUUAAAAUUUAAGAGAAUUACCAGCCCAUAUCAGUGGGCUCAGUAAACAUGCAGCCUUUCUGUGUUCUUUCCUUUCCUGUCCUUGACCUGGUCACCACAGACUUAAAAGGCCGGAGGUACACCACCAAUUUCUCAUACUGGAACACGUUUAUGGGAAGUUAGAUGUGCCGAAUAUAAAGACAGCGAUAAAAAAAGAAGUCGAAUAUAAGGAAUUAGCAAAUAUUUUUGGGAAAUCACCAUUGGAGGUGAAAGACAAACUGAAGAUAUUUUCCUUCUUCUGGACAAAUACCAAGUCCAGAGGUUCUUCAGGUUGUCUUUUACCUCGGCUGGUCCACACACAAGUUUUCAAAAUGAUUAAAAUUACUAUAGCAGCUGCUUUACUGCAAACAGGCACCAUCUCAAAAUUGUCAAUUUUCCAUUGUGCGUGUGGCACAUUUAGCAACAGCAAUUCAGUUGUCAAUUUUUUGUUGUCAACUAGAAUCGAUAAUAAAAACAAUUAAGUGCUUGUGUAUCUCCGGCCUGGUAAAGGCCUGAUAAAGGCUAGAUCCACCAAAGGAUGUGUGGAGCUCUCACCAUUUAGUGCAUGGCUACUGAGUUACUAUUGACAUAUACUGUACAUUAUAUGCCAAUAGUAACUCAAGGAACAAGGACAGGGAUGAGAAAGACAGUUACAACAGACCAGGUCAGCACAAAGCAUCUGAUACAGCUUUGUAAGAAAUAAAAAAAAAAAAACUUUUUGAGCAAUAGCACUCGUCCUAAAAAGUCACUUUAAAUAUUCCCAGAAGCUCUCGUCUCUCCCGUUCUUCAGCUGCUUAAACUCUCAGGCUUCAAUUCAAUGUUAUUUAUGCUGCCACCUCUGUCAUAAUAGCAGCUUUACAGAAGUACCAAAUAUUAAAACACACUAAAACUGGGAUGAGGAUCUGUUUGUUUUUUUUUGUGGCAAUUUUAAAAAGAACAUAACUGCAACCCUUUAUCCUUUUUGUAGUUCUCCGUAAAGCUGCUACAAUAAAAGCAGUUAGAAAAGUGAGUUAGAAAAUAAAUCUUUUCGAUUUAAGGACACAUAAAAAAAUAAAUAAAAACAACGCUUUAGGGUAUUAUGAAAGCUGAGGGAAGUUCCAGAGGUUUAAAAACUGCUGCUAAGGUUCUCGUUCAGCUGAAACGAAGACGCAAGAGAACCAUAAAGCAUAAAUUUCUGACAAUUUCUUCAAUCAUCUUUAUGUCGACAUGGAUAUGUAGUGAAGUGGACCAUUGUUUUCACUUCAGUUGAUUCAUUAUCAAUUCAUGCAUUUUUUAGUGGCAAUACGAUGUUGCAUUGAUUCAUUUGUGUUUUCCCUGUAGAUUCAUUUGACAGAACUGGUCUCCGAGACCUGUGUUGUCAGCAAUCAGGAUGAUCCCAUGCUUUUACCCCUUAACUUCCAGCCAUGUUUGAAACAGCUGUCUGUGCAAAGUCCAAACCAUGUAAUUUUAAGAACAUGCCAUCAAUCUGCCUCCAGGUUUAUUCCAGCUCAGGACUUUUGGGCGUAAUCAAAAUUAUUUUCAGUCAGGUGGCUGUACGGGGCAGUGUGUCUCCCCCAUGGCCAUAAUGAAAAGAGAAUAGACAUUUAUUAGUCGACAAGGGGUCUCUUUAAAUAAAGAAGUUUUACUUAAAAUAAUAAUGACUUGAAUUAAAUAGAUACAGGUCUUAUAAAACUAUAGUGUUUCUAUGGUGUUGAUUAAAUCCAGACCUUUCCUCAUAAUGUUGCAGGUUAUAAAGCUCUUCCUUUCUCCAGUCUGCCUGGUCCCAGCUGGGGGAUUGUACAGUCAAAAGGAUCAGGGCAGGGCAGCUGUUUGGCACCCUCUGUAGCUUUAGGAAAAAUUGUUUUUCUAUCCUGGACUGUCCUGGGACAAGAGCUUGACCGCUGUCUGAGAGCAAGAUAAAAGAAAUACAGAAAAUCUUUAUUUCAUUUUGACUUUAUUUAAAUUUUAAAAUGUGCAGAGUUUUAAAGUCUUCUCAAUAUGUGGGGUUGUCAUAAAUAAAUGUAUUAUACUUUGUAUUUGAUAAAUAUGUAAAUAAAAAAGUUUUUUUCUUUAAAAAUAAAGAACUUUGUGCCAUUUUUUUUAGGAUUAAAUAUAAUGUUCUAGCUGAAGACGUGGGACCAGGAGAUCUAGUUAUUUUCUUAGGUACUAAACCCAACCAUGUGCCUGUGUGGACAGUCAGACAGACUGACAUUAGGCUUCAGUUCUUACCUUUUACAGGCUGUCACUCUCUUACCUUUUACAGGCACUA